AUGUGUAGGGGUUGUCCCCCUAUCAUUCUUGGCGGUCUUACCUUAUCCUAUCCUCGCAACGUCAGGGGAUUGCCUCCUCGGUUGCAGAGCCCUGGAUGUGUAGGGGUUGUCCCCCUAUCAUUCUUGGCGGUCUUACCUCAUCCUAUCCUCGCAACGUCAGGGGAUUGCCUCCUCGGUUGCAGAGCCCUGGAUGUGGGAUUGCCUCCUCGGUUGCAGAGCCCUGGAUGUGUAGGGGUUGUCCCCCUAUCAUUCUUGGCGGUCUUACUAUCCUAUCCUCGCAACGUCAGGGGAUUGCCUCCUCGGUUGCAGAGCCCUGGAUGUGUAGGGGUUGUCCCCCUAUCAUUCUUGGCGGUCUUACCUUAUCCUAUCCUCGCAACGUCAGGGGAUUGCCUCCUCGGUUGCAGAGCCCUGGAUGUGUAG